UUGACACAAUCGUUUAAUUUAAAAUUUUUUUGUGGUUGACUUGACAUUCAGCAAAAUAAUCAAUCGAGAGAAAUGAGAAAAUCCAUAUCGUUUUUAAGAAGAAACUACUCGCUCAUCCCCCUCUUAUUAAUUGUGGGAGGGGGAGUAGCAGCAGCCACAGCUUUCGGUGUGAGGGUUGCUAUGUAUCAUCCAGAGGUGUAUUGGAGGAAAGAGAGUACCAGAAAUUAUGAGAAGAAUCCCUACAAAAAGCUCUGGUGGUACCUUGAGAAACCUAUAGACGAACCUGCUGAUGUAUCUCUAUAAAUUUUCAACAUUGAGUUCGAAUACGACCUGUUCGUUGAAACAUAAAAUUUCUAUUGUCAAUUAGUUUUUCCAUUAAAGUCAAUUUUUU